ACAUCCAGGUUCUCAGAGAGGAGUAGCUGUCUCAACUAUCGGAAACAUGAAAGAUAAAAAAAAGGACGAUGAACAUCCAAAGAGCACACCCAGUUGUUUUGGCUUUCCAAUCAGCAUCGGCUUCAUUGUGAUCAAUGAAUUCUGUGAAAGAUUUUCUUAUUAUGGAAUGCGAGCGGUGCUUGUUCUCUACUUCCGAUACUUUCUUCGAUGGGAUGAGGACCAGGCCACAGCGAUUUAUCAUGCCUUUGUUGCCCUUUGCUACUUCACUCCAAUUCUUGGAGCAAUUAUCGCUGAUUCCUGGUUGGGGAAAUUCAAGACCAUUAUCUAUCUCUCCAUUGUGUAUGCCAUAGGACAAUUGGUGAUGUCAAUUGGUGCCAUUGCAGAUUUGACAGAUAAAGGUAUACCUGAUGGGAAACCAGAUUCUCUGACACUUCAUGUAGCACUGUCAGCUACUGGUCUGUUGCUUAUCGCUCUGGGUACUGGUGGGAUAAAACCUUGUGUAUCAUCAUUUGGAGGAGACCAGUUUGAAGAGCACCAGGAAAAUCAAAGAAAGCGGUUCUUCUCUAUUUUUUAUCUGUCAAUCAAUGCAGGAAGUCUCAUUUCCACAAUUAUCACUCCUGUUCUGAGAUCCCAGCAAUGUGGUAAGAUCCCGCAGGAGUGCUACCCUCUAGCCUUUGGAGUGCCGGCAGCACUGAUGGUGGUUGCUUUGAUUGUUUUCAUUCUUGGAAGCCCCCUGUACAAGAGAGAAUCUCCCCAAGGCAAUAUCGUGGUUAAAGUUUCCAAGUGUGUUGGGUUUGCGAUAAAGAACAGAUUUGUGCACCGUAGCAAAGAAUAUCCCAAGCGGGAACACUUUCUGGACUGGGCAAUAGAAAAAUAUGAUGAACAUCUGAUUGCCCAGAUCAAGAUGGUGCUGAAAGUUUUAUUUCUGUACAUCCCACUCCCUAUGUUCUGGGCAUUAUUUGACCAACAGGGCUCCAGAUGGACUUUUCAAGCCACCGUUAUGGAUGGAGAUUUUGGAGGCAUUGAUAUUCGUCCUGAUCAGAUGCAGACUGUCAACCCCAUCCUGAUUCUCAUCAUGGUUCCAAUCUUUGACAUUGUAAUUUAUCCUUUGAUCAACAAAUGCAAAAUUAACUUUAGUCCUCUGCGAAAAAUUACAGUUGGAAUGUUGAUUGCAGGGUUAGCAUUUGUGGUAGCCGCUUUGUUGCAAAUUCAAAUAGAUAAAACUCUACCUGAUUUCCCGGGACAUAAGGAAAGCCAGAUUAAAAUCUUGAAUUCAGGCGACUCCGUGGUCAAUGUAACAAUAAGUGGACUUAAGAAUUCUUUUACAGUACAACCGUUACAGGCAAAUGAUUACACAACUUUGAAAGUAGACAGUACUGCAAAGAAAGUCGGAGUAAUUUACAACAGCACUAAAAUCGACUACACCUUCAAUGCUAAAGGAGGUUCUCGCCAAACAUUGCUAGUAACAAACAUGCCUAAGGUGCUCGGGAUUUGGCUGGAUGACCUUAAUGAGAAACCAGAACAAGGAAAAAAUGCAGUCAGAUUUGUGAAUGGAUACAAACCUGUCAACAUCUCAAUGAACGAUGUUAAUUUUGAAACUCUGGAAACCUUAUCUGGCACAAACUAUUCAUUGUUCACCAAAGGAAAAAAAACUAUCAUCUAUACUGUAAAUGGAACUGAAUGCAAGAUACCAUCCAUCGCAUUUGGAUAUGGAAGUUCUUUUACAAUACUGCUGAACAGUAUGUGUACAUCUGAUGAUGAUGGAUUAAUUUACAUUGAGGAUAUCAAGGCAAACACGAUCCAUAUGGCCUGGCAAAUCCCCCAGUACUUCCUUAUGACAUGUGGUGAGGUCAUUUUCUCCGUCACAGGCUUGGAGUUUUCCUACUCACAGGCUCCUUCCAACAUGAAGGCUGUACUUCAGGCAGGCUGGCUGUUGACCACUGCAUUUGGAAACAUUAUUGUACUUAUAGUGGCAGAAGUUUCGAGCAUUGAGGAACAGUGGGCAGAAUACAUUCUGUUUGCUUCGUUAUUGGGAGCAGUCAGCAUAAUAUUUGGCAUCAUGGCCUCUUUCUACGUCUAUGUGGAUCCAGCAGAAAUGGAAGCUGAGUUUGAGGAGAAGGAAAGAGCAAAGAAGAAAGCAGAGGAUCUAGAGUCCCAUUCUAUUCAUGAAAAUGGAAAUGAGACCAUUGCUCAAUCCAAAUUCUAAACAUAUUAAUAUUUCGGUACAUUUUCAUUCAGAUUAACUAGACUCUAUUUAAUCAAUAGGUUCACCAGCAAACUGCCUACAAUUGUACUUCUUAUUAACCAUCUUAGACAAUUUAUAGUAAAUAUAAACAUUUAAUAAUAUUAUGCCACAAGAUAAAGUUUGCAAACCUGGGGAUGUGUCAAGUAUAAUUCAUAUUUUGCCAGAUACCCAGUCUAAAGUUCCAAAUGUGCUUUUUAAUUCAGUGUGACCAAGAAUAGAUUUUACAGUAAUUGUGUUAGAAUCCCCCUUGAUGAAUAGAUUCCAACCCCUCCAACCUGCCAGUGUUUCAGCAUUACUUGUAAUAGCUGAAGUUUAAAUGAAUAAAUAAAUUGUAAAUAAUUGACAUUAAACUGCCUGUGGAAUUGUUGUACUAUUUUUCAUAUUUGUUGAUGUAUGACAACAUGAUGCUUACAAUUGGCACCCAUGAGACAUAUGCUGACUAUUUUAUGUAUAUUAAGUAUAUAAUUCUCCCUAUAUUUUUAUUAAGAUAUUGUACUAUUUCAUUAAUGUAUUUGUUGUUGUUAAUUCUGUAUAUAAUGGUACAUGUAAUCAAAAAAUAAAACAUAAUUGAAA